AUGCAAGAAGAAUAUGUGUCUAAAUUGCAAGAACUUCGUGAAGCCAAGGCUAAAGCAUUUGAAUUGGAACACCUUCUGGAAGAAGAGGUAUCGGAGUUAUCACUUCUGUCGGCCCAACAUCAGGCUCUCAUUCAGCAUUCUAAUGAGCUUGAGGCACGUCUUCUACAGAAAGAUUUAGAAUUACGUGAAGCUCAGGAUGAACUCGCAUUUCUGGCUGAAAUUAGAAUAACAAAAGAAAAGGCAGAAAAAGAAGUUGAACGACUUCGCGAUCGUAUUCGGGCUUUGGAGUCCUAUCCUAUGGAAGUACUUCGUCUUGCUGAGGAUAACAAAUCACUUCGUAUCAAGAACAGGGAGCUGUCCACUAAGAUCGAGUCGUUAGAAAUAAUCAAGAAGAAGUAUUACGCACAAACGCAGCAUUUACUUCAGAUGAAUAGCUUGAGGGACGCACUUCUUCUGGCAAACGAUAGGCUGCGCUAUCCGUAA